AUGGGCAAGAGGGCAGGUGAUGCGGGGAUCCCGUCGCCUGCGAAGAAGGCGGCGGCCGCGGCGGCCUCACCAGCCGCUGCCUUUGGCGCGCCGCCCGCCGCUGCCUCUGGCGCGCCGCCCGCCGCUGCCUCUGGCGCGCCGCCGGCCCUGUGCAUCGCGCAGCUCCUCGAGACGGACCACGCGUCGAUGCAGCAGGGUCACGUCAAGGAGUGGGUGCGCCAAGUGAAGCACCGCGUCGACCAUAGUUUGCUCAGCCUCCUGGGGCAGCGCAAGCGCGAGGUGUCCUUCGCGGUGCCCGCCAAGUGUUCUUUGAUUCCGCCGUUGGCCAUCACUGAUGCUGCCUCUGGCGCAAACCUCAGUUCGUUUCGCGAGGUCAUGGACUACGACAACUUGGUUGCGAGCUUCUCCCGCACCAAGGAGUACGAGGCAGCGGGGACGGCGUGGAUGUUGGACCCGAUUUGCUCGGACAUCGACGACGUCACCGUGAGCCAGCUCGUGGGUGCCAUGGGCGCGUGGUCGGAGGAGGCGUACUCCUUCUCCUCCAAGCACGCGCCCUCGCGGCGCCUCUCCUUCGACGCGCCUAUCCCCGCCUUGGUGGUCGACGUCAAGGUCGCCCAGCGGUUUGAGCCUAACAAGCCUGGAGUUUGCUUGGCAGAGGCUCUGGCCAUGCUCGCGUGGCGCGCGGCGGUCACCACGCGGCGCGCUGCUAUGAGCGAGGCGCUCCAGCAGUCCAACGAAGACCGCGCGUGGCCUCAGUUCAAUGCCGCCUGGCGGCUCGCAGAACAAACGCGCCGCUUGACCAGCGCGGAGAACUGUCUCGCCAAACAGGAACCAGUGUCGAAGCUGGAGGCUGCGCUGAAGGCCCACGGUCUGCGCCCUUUCGUCCUCGACGGUGCCUGCAGUUCGGCUUUCGCGCUGGCCGAAGUGUAUUUUCCAGAGCUUCGCGACCCUGCGCUUCUCAUGGGGAUCGGCUUCGCCUGCUCCGCGAGGGGCGGUUCUGACGCCGAGGCCAGGGAAUUGCUCGUUUUCAUCAUGGACAGUUUCCGCGUGGCCCGCUUGACGGGCGACGCCCCGAAGGGCGAGGAACUGGUCGUGCGCCGGGUCGUCGGGCGCGAUAGGAAGACGCCAGGGGCGCCCCGCGCGCUCUUCAAGAAAAAGGAGCUCGUCGAGCACAUCUUCCACGAGGCGUUUCUCAUGAACAAGGAAGUGGGGAACGACAUGGCGGCAUUUAAGACGCCUCUCCACGCCCCCCAGAAGUUCGCUGCCUCUGGCGCGGAUGGCAUCGGAAUCAAGACGACGGCGAUGAUCGACGUCGCGCGGCCUCUGUGGUCGAGCGCUUUCGACGACGAAAUUGCCGAGCUUGCCCGGCAGGAGUUGCAGAACAGCACCACUGGGUCCGUCUGGCAAGCGCACCUCGCCGAGACCAGCCAGGGCGCCAGCGCCAAGUGCCGCGCCAUCGUGGCCGCGCGCACGGGCGGGCCCAUCACCACCGACCCCGAUCUGGAUGCAAAUCUCGGCUUGUUGGGGAUGUCCGAGCUCGGGGACGAGCAAGAGGCAGAGCUCCAGAAGUUCCAGGAGCAGCUCAAGCAGCUCCGCAGGAAAACUGUGAAGUUCGCCAGUUUGCCGUCUGUCGGCGGUGCCUCUGGCGCGGAGUACGCAGUGGCGCAGAUGCAGGGCUUGUGGGGUGCGCUCAGCGGGCGCCGCUUCGGGAAGAAGAACGACGUUCGCGCGUUCAUCCUCGCAGCGGACACGUUCCCGCCCAACGUCGUCAAGCAAGGCGCCAAGGCGAGGGUGAACGAGCAGAUGGCGCGUGGCGAGGCGAAGUUCAAGCGCGUCAUCGAGUUCUUCUUGCAGAAGAGGCAGACGGAUGGUGUCUUCAUCUUCCUCGACGGCAGGAGCCGCGCGAACCGAAGGGUAAUUGAGUCCUUCGAUGCGAAGUUGGAGUCGGGAGGCGCCCGCGCGCACGUCGAGCGCUGGUUCGUGCACGAGCAACCGGCGAAGAAGGUGGACCCGCGGUCCGCGGCCAGGGCGUCGAGCUACACGAAGAACAACAGGGGUGCAGCUUUUUUCUCGAUGCCACUCAAGGGCCCGCCGCGGAAAGUGCUGCACCGUGCGGAGUUCAACGCGCGCGGCGAGUCCUCGACCGCAGACACGUCAUACAGCGGUAUCCCAAUGCGGCGCUUCUCCGAGCUCCCUCGCGUGGACCACGAGACGAAGAUGAGCAUCUUGGGAGCUGCAUCUCGCGCUGGCGUUGACGGGGGGCAACCGCGCCUGCAGGGGGGCGUCGACUCGACGGGCCACCCGUUCUCGCACGCCGAGGUGAAGUCGCUCAGCUUGUGGCAGACUCUCGUGGAGCACCACAAAGUGACCCGCGUCGUGGACUUCACUCCAGGUUCUGGCGCUUUGGCUGUUGCUGCCUCUGGCGCUAUUGAGUGCGAAGGCAUCGCUGCCAACGAUGCGCACCGGGACUGGCUCGAUGCCAUCGUGGACAGGUGCGCGAUGCACAAGGCGGGCCACGAGGAGGAGGAGGGGCACGCGGAGCAAUUGGGCGGCGACGCCGAGUUCGUCGAGAAAGCCAGCAAGUAUUUCAGCGGAGCCAUGAUGGAGGCGAACCGUCUGUUGAUGCCAUAG